AUGGCAGCUACCACCACUCGUCUCAAGUUCCAAACUCAGCCUGUUAAGUCUAAACGCCGCCGCUGCCGUGAAACUACCAUUACAGCCUCCUCCGCUGCCACCCCUACCCCUUCAGUUUCGUCUGCUACCACGUGUCAGCAAAGCCGUAGAUUUGACACGCCGAUUGUAGUUUCCCCUGAAAAUUCUUGGUGCUGCCCUGCUUCUAAACCCCCACCUCCGCCGCUGUCACCUCCGGCCGAGGGUACGGUUGCAUCAUCGUCAUCAUCACUGUCUCGCUCUUCAUCAGAUCUGAAGAUCUAUAACUCGCCUGCUACUAUGGACUCCUACUCCACCGCGACUACCAUCUACGGUUGUGGUGCCGCCGGCGGAGGCGUCGCACCUCAGGAUAAUUUUCCGUCGUCCUUAAGCAAAUUUAACUCCGCGCUCACGGCGGGUCUUCUUAACCCAAUGUCUCCUCCUCCUUUAGUGGAUAAGACUCGUUCAAGCCCAACCCUAUUUGAAAUGAUGGCCAAUGAGCCAGAUUGCCAACCCAGAGCCACAAACCUAAUUCAAAACGCCAUUGUUUCGACUCAAAAUCAUCAGACCUCAAAGAUUUCAAUAAACCCACCUCCACAAGACAGACAGGCGUUAAUGCACCAGCGUCUGAUGGAUCUUUUGGAAUUGAGAAGCCCUGGGAAUCAGUUUAACGAUGCAGGAUCAGGGGAUGUGAAGCUGACUUUGAGUUCAAAGGAUGGUCUGACUAUUUCCAUGAGCGUUCAUAGGCAGAUUCUUGUAGCUCACAGUAGAUUUUUUGCUCUGAAAUUGAAUGAGAGAUGGAUUAAGCAGCAGAGGAGCUCUGGGCCGUACGACGUUGAGAUUGCUGAUUGCGAUGAUAUCGAGGUUUACAUUGAGACUCUGAGGUUGAUGUAUUGUAAGGACUUGAGGAAGAAACUCAUGAAAGAGAAUGUUCCCCGAGUCCUCGGAAUUCUCAAGGUGUCUGCAGCAAUUGGGUUUGAUGCAGGUGUGCUGUCUUGUUUGGAGUACUUGGAGGCUGCUCCAUGGGCCGAAGACGAGGAAGAGAAGGUAGCUUCACUGUUAUCAGAGCUUCGGCUUGAAGGGAUUGGAGCAGGGGAAGUUUUGAAGAGGGUUUCUCUUGAUGUCACAUCAGGAGUUGAUGAUAGGAGUGACAACGAAGAAGUGCUUAUCAAGCUAUUGCAGGUCGUUCUCGAAGGAAAAGAUGAGAAAGCGAGGAGAGAGAUGAAAGUUCUGGUAACCAAAAUGCUACGUGAGAACUCAUCGCAAAAUGAUUUAAGGAAGGAGUCUCUGUACUCAGCUUGCAAUGGAUGUUUGCAACUGCUCCGCCUUCAUUUUCUACAGGCAGCAGAAUCUGACAUGCAGAAUGUUGGUCAGAUAGCACGGCAGGCAGAUAAUUUGCACUGGCUAUUGGAUAUUCUGAUUGAUAGACAGAUUGGUGAGGAUUUUUUAACGAUAUGGGCAUCUCAGUCUGAAUUGUCUAAAGCACAUUCUAAAGUGCCCGCAAUCCAUAGGUACGAGGUUAGUGGAGUUACUGCUAGGCUGUUUGUUGGCAUUGGGAAGGGGCAACUAUUGGCAUCCAAAGAUGCCAGGUGUGCGCUUUUGCAGACAUGGUUGGUACCAUUUUAUGAGGAUUUUGGGUGGAUGAGGAGGGCAUCAAAAGGUCUUGACAAGCAUUUAAUUGAGGAUGGUCUUAGCAACACUAUACUGACUUUGCCCCUGGCCUGGCAGCAGGAAAUUUUAAUGUCAUGGUUUGAUCGAUUUCUUAAUUCAGGCGAUGAUUGUCCGAAUAUCCAGAGAGGCUUUGAAGUCUGGUGGAGAAGGGCAUUCUGGAGGCGUAACGUUGAGCCUGAGAGGCCUCGUCAAAUACGGGUCAUGACUGCUACAAUAGAGAACUGA